AUGGAGCGCAACGAAGUCGUCUUCGUCCUGGGGGGUCCCGGCUCAGGCAAAGGCACGCAUUGUGCCAGGAUUGCAGCCGAGUUCGGAUACACUCAUCUUUCCACGGGCGACCUCCUGAGAGAAGAGCAGAAGAAGGAGUCGGAGCUAGCCACCAAAAUUGCAGAAUGCAUCAGAGAUGGACAGCUCGUGCCCUCUUCAACCAUGGUGGCCCUGUUGAAGGAGGCUAUCCUGAACGGCGACUCGAAGCGAUUUCUAUUGGACGGAUUUCCCCGCAGCAAAGACAACCUGGAGGCUUGGUUUGAUGCCUUCUCCGAUGAAGAGAUCCAGGUUUCCUUCACACUGUUCCUACACUGCCCAAAGGAAGAGUUGAAGAAACGCCUCUUGGAGAGAGGGGAGACCUCCGGCCGAGCUGACGACAACGUAGAAACCGUGCUAAAGCGAUUCGAUACCUUCGAGAAGGAGUCCCUGCCCGUUGUUGAAGAGCUCCGGCGAUUGGGCAUGGUGCGGAAGGUGUCUACUGUACCUGCUCGCGAGCUAGUGGCGCACCGCGUACGUCGAUACUUCAAGGGAUGCCGGCUGGUCGACCCCGUUGAGAGGACGCUCGCACUCAUCAAGCCUGACGCUACGGGAAAUACGAACGAGAUCCUCAAUAGGGUUGAACAGGAGGGUUUCGUCGUUGUCGGGAAAAUUGAAGGCCGUGUGUGGUCCCAGCAGGACGCCGCGACCUUCUACUCGGAGCACAGUGGAAAGGCCUUCUUCGACACCCUGGUGGACUUCAUGAGCAGCGGGCCAAUCGUACAGCUCUGUCUGGAGAAGGUGGGCGCGAUUAAGGCCUGGAGAGAGCUGGCGGGACCAACCAACUCAACCGACGCCAAAACCUUGGAACCGUCGAGCAUCAGAGCACUAUACGGUACGUGCGGCACCAAGAACGCCGUUCACGGAAGUGACAGCUUCGCGUCCGCUCUACGAGAAAUCAACUUCUGCUUCGACCAAGCGGGGGAGGCCGCUGCUGUGGUUGCGCCGGCGGAAGAAACGGCCCCGGCAGGCGGAGCGGAGCAAAAUAUCAACGGAAGGGACGGCAGUGUUGACGGCGGUUACAAUGAAGACGGUUUCGCCAAGGAGGAGAGGACUCUAGCUCUUCUCAAGCCUGGGAUUUCAGAGCUGCACUCAGGCGAGGAACGCCUGGCGAAACACUCAUUGAAAUCACGAAACAAAUUCGGCCAUGAAGAACGCAGCAGCUGCACUUAA